AUGAGCUUUCCUUUCUCGUCGCAGGGGUCCUGCCUCCAGAAAGAGGAGCGUCUCAGUCUCCAGAUUAAUCUGUCUGCUUGUGGUGACCGGCCCGCUGAACUGGACAAGCUCAAGCCCUACGUCAUUGAGCACAUUUUGUUCCUGUUGGUCACUCCUGCUGUUGGACCACCUGCAUUUGGGGAUGCAAAAAUAGGAGUUUAUAUGUUGAAUUCUGGAGGGAAACAGCUCUACAUAAAGGACAUGCAGGUGUUGUCAAAGGUGGAGACCAGCCUAAACUUUAACAAGGUAUUUCUUAGACCAGAGGCAAAGAACUUCACCCAGGUGGCCAGCUUAACAUGCAGAGGUAUAUUUCCAGGUCAUGGACAGAAGUGUAUAAGUCAUAUCAGUUUAAAAAUAAUGGGGAACAAGACGACCUCCAGCUUCCCAGGAUUACACAUCACACAUAGAUGGACAGUAGGGGAUUUCUUCAGUUUGUUUCAGGUGAAACAAAGCAACCACCACCAGAUGGAGCUGUGGUUCUCCAACCCUUCCCCUCUGCCUUUCACUGUGGUCAAUGCCACACUGUCGGAAAUGCUGCAGGGCGUGGUGAAGGUGGUGAACUUCAGUAGUCCAGUGAGCGUCUCCACAGGUUGCUGGCGCAUCCUGUCCCUCCAACUGCUAAACAGGACUCUGCCUCUGAAUUACAUGCUGACCCUGAGUCUGGACACCAGGCUCGGCAUCAGCCUGCACAUUCCCUUCUACUUUCAUUCAACUUCAUCAAAGGAGGAGGUGGUGUUUGAGGCCGAGCGUGAGUGUGCACGACAAUGUUCUCUUCGCUUAUCUGAAGCAGGUCGUCAGGAGUGGCAGCGCUCCCUUCAGCCAGACUCUUUUUCCUCUUCCUGGGCUGUAGACAGCAAGCUGGCUGCAGAGCUCUGCUCUCGGUCACAGAAUUACAAAGACAAACUACCCUGCAGGUGGCCCAGGCUUCUUUCUGAGGGAUCUGCUCUUCUGUACUUUGGGGCUACGCCUGUCAAUGAGAGCAAAGUUAAAACAUUCAUGCUGAAGAAUCCUUCGCCCUCAGUGGUUUCUGUGGAGAUUCAAACCAUUUCCCUUUACCCUUCUCCCAGUGAAGCUCUGGAUCUUCUAACCAAAUGGUUUAAUAUCAGCUCCCAAACUGUGAACAUUAGCACAGAAGAGUUUUCUCUGCUGGCAUCUCCUCCAAAGGCAGGUGAGCUCACAGCAGAUGUAACAGGAGAGGGUGUUCUCCGUCUGCUGCUGCAGCCCUGGGAGACCAGAGAGGUCGCUGUGGUGUUUAGCCCCACCCAACACAAACCAACCACCACCAUUCUUGUUAUCAGAAACAACCUGACAGUAUUUGACAUGGUGACCCUACAAGGCCAUGGAGCCAAAGAACUCCUAAGAGUCGGAGGUAAACUUCCUGGUCCAGGCGUGUCUUUACGCUUCAACGUUCCUCAGUCUACUCUGAUGGAGUGUCGUGACGGUCUGCGCACCAGUAAGCCUCUGUUUGCUAUCAGGAAGAGUUUUAAGGUGGAGAAUGCAGGAGAGCUUCCUCUGACAGUCAUGUCCAUGAACAUCAAUGGUUAUGCAUGUCAGGGGUAUGGCUUCGAGGUGCUGCAGUGUCACUCCUUCAGCCUGGAGCACAACACUUCCUCUGAGAUCACAAUUGCGUUUACACCAGACUUCACAUCCUCCUGGGUGAUUCGGGACCUCACCUUGGUGACAUCACGUGGUAGCACUUUCCCUUUCACCCUUAACGUGACUCUGCCCCACCACAUGCUGCCACUCUGUGCCCAGGUGGUACCAGGCCCCAGCUGGGAGGAAACCUUUUGGGUUGUCACUCUCAUCUUCACAUGCUUCUCCUUGGUGGGCGUGUGUUUGAUGGCCUUCCAUCAGGCUCAGUACAUCCUCAGAGAGUUCUCUACCCCGAGCAUCCGGAGCAACCACAACUCUGUCCUGUCCCAGGAGAACAGCUCUGUCAAUAACAUCACCUCCAACGGAGUCAAUAAAUCUAAAGGCAGCUGUAAGACCUACAUAGACACCUGUCACACAUCUGAUAAAGGAAAGGGCCGGGGCUCUUCAGCUGUGGCCAACAGCCCGACCCCGCGGUCUCAGUCCUCAAAGAAAGGCUCAACCACUACUUUCCAACCACAGAAGAAGCAUAAGGUGUCGCUUUAUUACACCAAGCAUAAGCCCAGCUCAGCCGCAGCUGCUGCUGCUGCCAUGGACGAAGAACACGAGGACCUGACGCCAGACAGCCUCACCCCGGACUCCUGCAACAACAACCACCCAGCGUUCAUCAGCGAACCAGAGAAAAAGAUCCCCGCCGGUUUUCAAGAGGACCUCCAGGGCGACAUGGAGCACAGUAUGUCAGCAGCAGUUAUGUUUCCUGUGGAAAUAGCUACUAGGUUCCCCAACGACGCCACACUGGCUCCAGGACCCAGACCCGGUUUGUUACUCUGCAGCCUUGUGGAACGGAGCUGCUGCGAGCGCUACACAGAGAAGAUCGACUCUGAGAAAAGGGACAUUUCUGAGUUGGAGGUAAGGUUGCAUAGGUCCAAGUAUGAACCAUCUGUUACUGACGCUGUAACAGAUGUAACCUCUGUUGCAGCAUCAGGAAUUGAUGCCUCUGCGUCAGGCAUCAAUUCCAGAUGCUUCAGGAAUUC